AUGUCGUCUACUUUGCUGGAAGUGACUCGGGCAGCACACGAGGAGGUGGAGAGGUUGGAGAGAUUGAUAGUGAAGGAUCUCCAGAAUGAGCCUACAUCCAACAAGGAUCGUUUGUUUCAGAGCCACCGCGUUAGGAAUAUGAUAGACACCAUCACCUCGACCACCGAAAGACUUGUUGAGAUUUACGACGAUAAAGACAGUGCUAGGAAGGAUGAGAUUGCUGCAUUGGGAGGACAAACUGCUACUGGAAUUAAUGUUUUCAGCGCCUUCUACGAUAGACUCAAAGAGAUACGAGAGUAUCAUAGGAAGCAUCCGGUUGCACGUGUUGUUGAUGCUAAUGACGACACUGAAGCUCUUCUUAAAGAGGAACCUCAAAUUGAGUUCAGCGGAGAGGAAGCUUUUGGUCGAUACUUAGACAUGCAUGAAUUAUACCAUCAGUAUGUCAAUUCCAAAUUUGGAGAGCCAAUUGAGUAUUCUGCAUACCUUGAUGUUUUUUCUGAAACAGAUAAGAUUCCACGCAAAAUGAAAACGACCAGGCAAUACAGGGAGUACCUGGAGAAUCUUUUGGAGUAUCUGAUAUAUUUUUUCCAGCGGACAGAACCCCUGCAAGAUCUUGAUCGAAUCUUUUCAAAGGUCACAAAUGAGUUCGAAGAAAAUUGGGCUACUGGAACGGUACAUGGAUGGGAGAAUGUCAAUCAGGAGAAUGGACAUGUACCUACUCAGCACACUGCAAUUGAUCUUGAUUAUUACAGUACAGUUGAAGAGCUUAUGGAAGUGGGUCCUGAAAGGUUAAAAGAGGCACUGGCUGCACUGGGACUUAAAACAGGCGGCACUGUUCAGCAACGUGCAGAGAGGCUCUUCCUCACCAAGCACACACCUCUUGAAAAGUUGGACAAGAAGCAUUUUACCAAAGGGGCGCGUGGUUUAGGAAAAAGCGGGGUGGCUGCUGCUCCACAAGAAGGAAAUUUAAAACAAGAAAAUUUGAGAGAAGUUGCAUUAAUGGAGGCCAAAAUGAAUAGACUGUGUGAUUUGUUAGAUGAGACAAUUGUUCGAACAAAAGACAAUGUUGUAAAGAAGCAAGCCCUAACUUACGAGGAAAUUGAAGCAGAACGUGAGGAGGAAGAGACACAAGAGGACUCUGAAAGUGAAGAUGAUGAACAGCAGAUUUAUAAUCCCUUAAAAUUACCAAUGGGAUGGGAUGGGAAGCCUAUACCUUAUUGGCUGUAUAAGUUACAUGGUCUGGGUCAGGAAUUUAAGUGUGAGAUAUGUGGGAAUUACAGUUAUUGGGGGCGCCGUGCUUUUGAGCGACAUUUUAAAGAAUGGCGUCAUCAACAUGGGAUGCGGUGCCUCGGUAUACCAAAUACAAAGAAUUUCAAUGAAAUAACAUCAAUCGAGGAAGCAAAGGAACUCUGGAAGAAGAUACAGCAGAGACAAGGAGUUAACAAGUGGCGCCCAGAUCUAGAGGAAGAGUACGAAGACAAAGAAGGCAACAUCUAUAAUAAGAAGACAUACACUGAUUUACAGCGCCAGGGACUGAUAUAA